ACGAAACGCCGACAAUCGCGAAGGGUAGUUGCUGAGAUACUCGUCGACGAGAGUUGUAUUAUUACGUAAGGGAUGUUGCUCUGCGAUGGUCCGUAGAAUCCGUCGCUCCGUAAUACUGUCAUCGCGAUAACGAUAGUAGUAACGUCAUGCGAGUCUUAACAGUAGUGAGUUAUAUUAAAACGCGCUGCGACAACUCGUGGCGAGACAACGGUCCUUGAGGAUUUAUAUAUACAUAUAUUUUUUUUUUUGUAACAUACUCGAGACGUCAACAUCAACGUCAACAAACGUCUUGACAUCAUCAACAACAACGGGAUAAGUUGAAAUAAAUUUUUUUUUUUUACUCAAAAAAAAUAUCAACAAUCGUCGACCGGUACUUCGAUGGAACUAAGACUUGUCCUGCUUGCUUUUAUUAUCGGUAUCUGCUCGGGGCUGCGCGAGGUGCGCAUGCAGACACCGAUGGCAGUUGAGAAGGGUAACUCGGCAGUGUUAAAUUGCUGGUAUGACUUAGAAGGUGCUACCCUAUAUGCGGUCAAGUGGUACAAAGGCGGCAGAGAGUUUUAUCGUUUCACCCCAAAUGAAUCGCCACCGUCUAAAACAUUUCCCAUUGGUAAUCUUCAAGUCAACAAGACCGAGAGCAAUGCGACACAGGUCACUCUGGAGAAUCUGGAGCUUGAUGCUGCUGGUGAAUACAGCUGUGAGGUAUCGGCUGACGCACCAUCCUUCCACACUGCUAUUGUAUACGCGACAAUGAAUGUCGCUGAAUUACCCACUCAGAGACCUGAAAUACAUGGACUGAGGAGAAAGUACCGGAUUGACGACACGCUUAGGGUCAAUUGCACCCUGGGAAGAAGUAAACCUGCCGCUAAUUUGACGUGGUACGUCAAUGAUAGGCAGCCACUACAGUCUCACGUGCGCACGUACAGUCCACUUGAUACAAAUGAUUCAGAGUGGCAGAUCGCACAAACUAGCUUGCAAUUUCUCGUAACGCCGGAGCACUUUAUGUCGGGGAAGCUGAAGAUCCGGUGCAGUGCCUCGAUAUACAAUAUAUAUUGGCAAAGUACUGAGGUGAGCGCGGAAGAAGAGAGGCCGAGAAUUAUACAAUUGGAGCCAGCGGCAACUAUAGUGGGCAUCAAUUAUCUUCAACCUCCCCCUAACUUUCAGACUGGCCAACGAAAACCCGAUGGACAUCUCGACGUUAAAGACAUCGGAUCGUCAUCGUCAUCAUCGUCAUCGUCAUCGUCAUCACAAGUGAGACUACGAGGAUCCUGGCAAUUUAUUUUUGAAUUGCUCGUAUUCCUACGACUGGCUAUCAUCGUCAUCCAUUAACAAUUAAAAUACCCCUACUACUUCGUAAUAAAAAAUAAAAAAACAAAAAAAAA